CAACUGUCCUUCUGCCUGUAACUUGAGGACACGCCCCUUCGCGAAUGGAAUGGACCGCGCCAUAAUGUAAAGUUCAAUCUACGUAGGAUGAACAUUUACAUUUCGUAUUUUUUAUUAUAUAGCAUUUUACAUAAUAUAAUAUUAUUGUACGUUUAAUCCAUGCAUAAACUAUGACGCGAGAAGAGGAGUUAAUUCGGAUUGCAAAAAAGCUGGACAAGAUGGUGUCUAGAAAUAACACGGAACACAUCGACAACAGCCACCCUCGAAGCAGCGUUACCCAUGCAGAGGAAGGGAAACAACUACUCCAAGUCUCAGAGAGGGUGCCCUGGACCUGCUGAAUGAACUGAAGGGCUUCAACAUGACGCUGAAACUUCUGCAGGAAACGAGGAUCGGCAUGUCUGUGAAUGGAAUCAGGAAGCACUGCACAGACGACGAGGUCGUUUCCCUGGCCAAGAUCCUCAUCAAGGACUGGAAGAGACUGUUGGAUGCUGCACGUACUCAGAGUACUGAGAGGCCCAAUGAGAUGAAGAAUGGGGUUGACUCCAACAAAUCCACAGGGUUCCCAGUCAGGUCCCCCUUAGAGAAAGACACCAGUCACAAGAGGCUGGAUGUUUCUGAUUCAGAUCCUGAAUCUGAAAAGAAAGAAUACUCUGACAAACGGCGAAAAGAGAAGCACAAUGUUGAACAUAAAAAAGACGAGAGAGCUGUUGACCUUAAAAAGGAGCGAUACACAGAGGCAUUCAAAAACAAACGGCAUGCAGAACAAUCCAAAAAUGGAAAACAUACAGAAGAUGCCAGAAAAGAAAGACAUGUAGAACACUUAAAAGAACCCAAAAAGGAGAGACACUUCGAAAAAUCCAGAAAAGAAAGACAUGUGCAAGAACCCAAGAAUGAGAGCCACACAGACGAACCCAGAAGGGAGAGUUACAAAGAUGAACUGAGAAAGGAAAGACACACAGAGGAAUGCAGGAAGGAGAUACCAAUGUAUGAACCCCCACAAGAGAGACCUGAGGAAAACCACAGACAAGGGUUUGAGAGGAGAAGCGUCUUGGAUGAUCUUUACCCCUCUUGUUACUCUCCUCCUCGGCCCCCCCGACCACCCCGUCUUCCUCCCCUUGUCAGACGUAUGUCUGCGGAGGUGAAUAAAGGGGUGAAAAAAGAGGUGAAGAAGGAGAGAGAGAGGAGAGAUUCUUCAGACACUCUGUCUCCUUCUCAUCCUCGUCCUAUCCCUCCGUCCAGACGUCCCUCAGUGAAGGUGAAGAAAGAGAGGAAAAAAGCUCCUCCUGACCCUAAUUCCCCGCUUCCUCCUCUUCAUCCUCGUCCUUCUAUGCCCACUGCAGCAGAGGUCAAGAAGGAGAGAAAAGAGCCUCCACGGAUUUCUGUGGUUAGAAAAGAGCCUCCGGACCCCAAUGCUCCAUUUGCUCCUCUUCCUCUCCAUCUCCAUCCUCCCCCUCCUGUGAAGCGCCCGUCAGUGGAGGUCAAAAAGGAGAGAGAAGAGUCGUCAGAUUACAAACCCGUUUCUCUGAAGGUGACGUCAUCUGACCAUGUGAAAAAGGAUAGAAAAGACUCCGAUACCAAAGUGCCCCAAAAAACAUCAGUUGAUGCCAAGAAAGAAAGAAAGGAUUUGUCAGAUUCCAAACCAAAACCUGCUAAAAGGCAGAGUCUGGACUCCUCAGAUUCCAAUCCAAAACGUUCUAAAAGGCCAAGUCUGGAUGGCAAGAAAGACAGAAAGGACUCCACUGACUCCAAGCCCAGCCAUUCUGUGAAACGUCAUUCGACUGACUCCAAAUCAGACAGGAGGGACUCUGUGGAUUCCAAGACUAGCAACUCACCCUCAGCUAAGAAGCUCUCUAGUGAGACGAAAGAAUUUCAUGGCUCCAAGUCCUCUCACCCUGGCCCUCUGCAGAGAAAGUCCUCAACGGACAGUAUUGAACGGAGAGGGAAACCAGAGAUGCCAAAGAUCCCCACCACCCCCACCAGUCCCAUGUCCCCCUCCUUCAGCUCAGCAGGGGUUCCCCUGUCCCCUUGCCUUGCCACUGGAGAAACCAUCAGGGACAAGUGCAUCGAGAUGCUGGCUGCUGCUCUACGUACAGAUGACAACUUCAAAGAAUUUGGGACAAACUGUGACUCCAUGGCAGCAGAGAUUGAAGAUCAUAUUUACACGGAGAUGGGAUCCACAGAUAUGAAGUAUAAAAACAGGGUGCGGAGCCGCAUCAGCAACCUGAAGGACCCCAAAAACCCUGGACUGCGGAGGAACGUCCUGGCUGGAGGCAUCGAGCUGAGACGCUUUGCCAUCAUGUCUGCUGAGGAGAUGGCUAGUGAUGAGCUGAAGCAGUUGAGGAACAAUCUGACUAAGGAGGCCAUUAGGGAACACCAGCUGUCCAAAACCAGUGGUACCAUUUCUGACCUGUUUCAGUGCAGCAAGUGCAGCAAAAAGAACUGCACCUACAACCAGAUGCAGACCCGCAGCGCUGAUGAGCCUAUGACUACUUUUGUUCUGUGUAACGAGUGCGGGAACCGCUGGAAGUUCUGCUGAUGUGGCCCAGCUCCAAUGACGAUGUUGCAGACCACAUUUGUCUAUGAGGGGUUAUAAUGUUUAGCAAUGAGUAAUUUUACAAAAAUGAAUACUUACGAUUUAUAAUUGACUUUUUAAGAUGGGCUCCCGAGUGGCACAGCGGUCUAAGGCACUGCAUCUCAUUGCAAGAGGCGUCACUACAGUUCCUGGUUCAAUUCCAGGCUGUAUCACAUCCGGCCGUGAUUGGGAGUCCCAUAGGGUGGCGCACAAUUGGCCCAGUGUCGUCCGGGUUUGGCCGGGGUAGGCCGUCAUUGUAAAUAAGAAUUUGUUCUUAACUGACUUGCCUAGUUAAAUAAAGUUUACAUUUUAAAAAUAAUAAUGAUAAAUUAAUGGGAGUUGAAAACAUUUCUGUAAGAGGCAGGGGUUGAGAGUCUCCAGAUUGAUGGCAGUGUCAUUUAAUCUGUCCUGGUUGAACACAGGUAAUUCAAUGGUGCUGAGGAUAUGCAGCAGCCUUUUAUGAAUUUCACAGACAACAAAAAUGCAUCUUACAUUUUUUUUUAAUAUUCUAUUUAAAUCUGCAAAGACCACAGAACAAAUCAGAAAUACAGUAUGAAAGCUUAUCAUGCAACCCAUUUCAGUUAACACAUAUUUAUUGUUAAUAUCUCAAGCCCCAACUUCUGAGGUUUUAUUGUCACCGUUUGGUCUUCAGUUUGAGCUUCAGGGAAUAAUAUAAUUCAUUUUUCUAGAUAAGUUAAAGACCAAAAAACAAUUUGUCAUUUGUGGGUUUCGCUCUGACAUUUCAAAAGAGCAGCUAAAAUGUCUAUAAAUAUUUAUGAAUAAGUGGAGUUGGUUACUUUCAUAUGUACAGUAUAAUAUAUAAAAUAGUAAUAACAUAUUUGCCUACAUAUUGCUUUGCAGCAUAAUUGAAUGAGUAAACAGUAUUGAAAUUAUGCUAAUUUAUCAGAAAUUAUAUAAUUAUCAAAUUGUGUUUGAACAACAGGUGAAAUGGAAUGUCAAUAUACUGUACCACUAAGAGUAGCCACAAGAUGGUGGGGAAGAAAACUGUAUCCUGUAAGAGCACCCACUUGCAAAUGACAUAUCAUUUAGAGAGUGAAUGUUAUUUACAGUACCAGUCAAAAGUUUGUACACACCAACUCAUUCAAGGGUUUUUCUUUACUUUUGCUAUUUUCUACAUUGUAGAAUAAUAGUGAAGACAUC